AUGAAGCGCAAAAUGAGCUCUACUUCUCCUCUGAGGAUUCUUCUUCUGGGUAAAAGCGUGUCUGAGAACAGCCGUGUGGGAAACUUGAUCUUGGGUCGAUCAGCGUUUGACAGUGAAGCUCCUCCAGAUGUUGUGGAGAGAGUCGGAGGAAGACUGAAGUACAGACACGUGACGCUCAUCAACAGUCCUCAGCUGCUCCACACACACAUCUCAGAUGAUCAGAUCACACAGACGGUCAGAGAGUGCGUGAGUCUGUCUGAUCCAGGACCUCAUGUGGUGCUUCUGCUCCUCCAACAUCAGCAGUGUUCAGCAGAAGAUCAAGAGCGUGUGGAGAAGCUGCAGGACUCUUUCUCUGAGCGCCUUCUUCAACGCACCCUGGUGCUCAGCACACAAGAGCCCACUGAACCCAAUCAGAUCCUGCAGAAGAUCAUCCAGAAGUGCUCCAACAGACACGUCAGUCUUCAGACAAGCAGCUCUGCUGAUCAUCUUCUGCAGGCCUUUGAGGACAUCGAGCGGAGCAAUGAGGGACGACACCUGAUUACACCAGCUCCAUCUGGAGAAUCACUGAGAGAACAGUUUAAUGAGAGACUGAGAGAAGAGAGGGAGAGGAUGGAGAAAAAGAUGAAAAAGAAACAAGAAGAAAGACUGACAAGAGAGGAAGUGAAGAAAAACAAGGAGAAACUGAAAUCUAAACUUCAUGAGAGAGACCAAAGUUCAGUUAUAAAUCCAACAAUGGGUUUGAAUGUGGUCCUGCUGGGAAAAACAGGAGCUGGGAAAAGUUCAUCAGGAAACACAAUCCUGGGUCGACGAGCUUUCAGCUCAAAGAAAACCACCAAACUAGUCAGACGAGAUGUCACUGUGGAGUCUGGAGAUGUUUUUGGGUUUCCAGUCAACGUUUAUGACACACCAGGAUUCUUCAACACAGUAAUGAGUGAUGAAGAGAUUCAGCAGAUGAUCAAUGAGAAGGUCCUCCAGAAAUGUUCAUCAGGUCUGUGUGUGUUUCUGCUGGUCAUCAAAGCUGACAGAUUCACUGAAGAAGAGAGAAAGACUGUGGAGAAGAUUGAGAAGAUCCUGGGAGAAAACAACAAGAAAAACACCUGGAUUCUGUUCACCAGAGGAGACGAACUGGAGGAAGAAAACACGACGAUACAGGAGUUCAUAGAGGAGACUGAAGAACUGAAGACACUCGUGCAGAAAUAUGAGCACAGAUACCAUCUGUUCAACAACAUAAAAGAGGAAGAGGAGGGGACGAGUGAACAAGUGAAAAUACUGAUCACAAAAAUACAGAAGAAUUAUCUUGACACAAUUGCAGGAGAAGAGAAUCAGGAGCUGAAUCCACCGAGGAGAAAAAUAACCCAACAUAUUGAGCCAUUCUCUCGUGUCUCCAGCUCUUUCUCCAGACGGAUUGUUCUUGUGGGUAAAUCUGGUGUUGGUAAAAGUGCAUCUGCAAACACAAUCCUGGGACAGAAAGAGUUUACAUCUGUGAGUAGGAUGUGUUCAGUAACCAGUGAAUGUUCAGCAGCUGAGACCACAGUUUCAGUCAGAUCUGUGUCUGUAGUCGACACUCCUGGAUUAUUCGACACACAGAUGAAGCCUGAAGAGUUAAUGAUGGAGAUCGCCAGAUGUGUGUAUAUCUCCAGUCCUGGACCUCACGCUUUCCUCAUUGUGUUCAGAAUUGAUGACAGAUUCACUGAACGUGAGCAGCAGAUUCCUCAGCAGAUUGAGCUGAUGUUUGGUGAAGAAGUGUUGAAAUACUCCAUCAUUCUCUUCACUCAUGGAGAUCUGCUGGAUGGAGAGUCUGUAAAGAAGCUGAUAGAGAAGUACAGAAGAUUAAAAUCUCUAGUAGAUCAGUGUGGAGGCAGAUAUCAUGUGUUCAACAACAGAGAUGUGAAUAACAGAGAGCAGGUGGAGGAUCUACUGCAGAAGAUUGACUCAAUGAUACAGCAGAAUGGAGGAGGACACUACGCUAACCAGAUGUAUGAAGAUGCUCUGAGAUUCAGACAAGAGGAAGAAGAGCAGAGACAGAGAGAAGAAGAGGAGAGAAAACUACAAGAGGAGAAACAAAGACAAGAGGAGAUGGAGAGAGUGAGAAAUGAGACUGAGAAGAGGCGUAGAAGUGAAGAUCAAGGGAGAAAACAAGAGAAGAAACAAAGGCAAGACUGUGUGUGUAGUUAAACGUCUUUUGAUUUUUUUGACACAAUGAAUAUAUGAAUAACAGAAAGCAGGUGGAGGAUCUACUGCAGAAGACUGAGUCUAUUACAGAGGACUUAAAGCGACUCCCCCUCAGAUUCAUCUAUACACAUUUAAAACACUCAUUAAUAUGUUACUUGUAGUUGGUGCAAUAGCCUAGUGGUUAGCGCGCCGACAUAUGGUGCAAUAGCACGUCAGGGCAUCGUAAGUUCGAAUUCUGGCUUGAUGACAUUUCCCUACCCUACCCCCUCUCUCUCUCUCCCACUUCGC